ACAGAAUUCAAUUCACUCAGGAAUGUAAAGAGGUUUACUCAUAUUUCCUGUUUUACUGAAAACAACUUUAGCAUUGCUUCAUCACCGUGAAUAAUAAACAGAAUGCAAUGUUUUGUGACGCCAGGUUGACGAAUCUUGAUUGUAUCAAUAAUAUACGCUGAUGGAACAACGUUAUGUGGUAACCAGAUACCAUUUGAUUUGAUAAGGAUGAACCAAACGCUUGAACCUUGUUUUGAAGAAGACCUUAUUAAUUCAGGAGAAAAUGUCUGUGUCACAUGCAGCAGAUGUAUUGACAGUGUGGAUUUACUUCAAAAGAUAAACACGAAAUCUGUGGAGGCCAUCUAUACUCCAACUAUUGCCUACGUCAUUCUACUGUUAGUUUUGGGUAUACCAGGAAAUGUGUUAGUAGUGUACGUAUACCACUCAUGGCGCCGAUCCCCCUCUCGUCUCGUGAUUAUAGCAUUGGCCAUUUUCGAUCUUGUGAAUUGUUUAUUCACCAUUCCAACGGAGUUAUACUUUAUUUUCAAUCUUAUUGUGAAUCCUAGUCCGACAUUAUGUAAAAUGUCUCGUUUUAUCACCUUUUCCAUGAACAAUGCGUCCUCGUUUGUGCUUUUAUUCAUUGCAAUCGACAGAUUCAAGAGGAUUUAUAAACCUUUAAAACCGCCAUACAGUAAUAGAGUUACCAAAAUCGUGAUCAGUAUAGCGUUUGUGAUGGCAUUCCUGUUCUCAUGGCCAUCUCUUCUCAUUUACGGGUCUCAAACAAUCACCAUUCCACUUCCUUCUGCGAAGGGUUUGUGUUUAAAAGGACAAACCUGUCUCGUUGAAGAUGACUUAACGUUAACCAUGUAUCCAUUACUUUUUAAUAUAAUACUGACCGUUGGAACAUGUAUUAUUGAUCUCAUAAUGAUAUGUGUGUAUGUGUAUAUCGGAAGUAGGUCAAUCAAGGCUAUACGGGAAACUAACCAGUUUUUCCCCAAAUUUGCCAUGUCGACAAAUGACAGUGUCGACUUUUCUGCCGAAUACUCCCAUGAAGUCAAUGAUCCUAUUCUUGUUAACGGUGAAAAAGACAAUCGGUAUGAUAGGAAACAGUCUGCAGUAAACGGCUCACAUUCUAUCAAAUCAAAAUAUGAUUCAUUAGACAGAAAGGGUUCGACUGUCACCAUUAUUUCGACCAAAAAGGUACAUUCCUCUAAACCAUCAUUUGCCAAGGCGGACAGAAGAGGUCGGAGGCAAAUGCUCAAAUCGACAUUUAUGUUGUUUCUAGUGACGGUCUUGUUCAUUGCUUCAUUUAUACCAUACUGUACCAUUGUCUUUAUACGGUAUACACAUAGCUGCCACUAUGAGAGCCUCUCAACCACCGGAAAGGCUGUGUACAAUGUGUUUUUACGUUCUUACAUGCUCAGCAGUGCGCUUAAUCCAGUCAUAUAUAGUUUCCUAAGUAGCAAGUUCAGAAAGCAAUGUAAAAAGAUUGCUCACAAAAUAUUUUGUUUCGGUCGAUAUGUAUAACAAGAAA